GUCAUCUCAUUGCUCGUGCUCGGCUCUCAGUGAUAGUAUCUGUAAAAUUAGCAACAUGAAAUACUUGAUCAUCCUAGCCGUCAUCAGCGCCGCUGUCGCCGGACCGGUGCGUCCCAAGCGCAGCUUCAACCACUACGAGCCCAACCUCCUGCACUCCUCCUCCCUGCAGUCCAACUCGCUGCAGCAGACCCAGUACCAAUCCACCUCACUCCAGCAACACGCCUACCAACCCUACCAGGCGCAGUACGUGAGCCAGCCUAGUUACAAUGUGCAAUCGUGGCAACCACAACAGACCUACGUGAGCCAGCCAGCCGUAUACACCGUCCCUCAGCAAUACACCGUCCAGCAGCCAAUCUACGAGCAGCCCAUCAGAACCGUGCAGAACAUCCAGCCAGUGUACUCCACCGUCCAGGAGUACAGACCCGUCCAGCAGUACAGACAGAUUCAGGAGUACAGGCCCAUCCAGCAGUACCAGACGGUGCAACCGAUCCAGUCCUACUCAGUUCCUUCUUACAGCAACAACGCUUGGUCCAGCGACCCUUGGUGCUAAUUUAUUGAAUAAACUAACUUCUAUUCGUAUGUAAAGUUUUGUCCCAUUUUUCCUUGCGUUAUUUGGGAAAGAUAGUGACAAAAUUAAUUACCACGGAUUUAAGUUUAUUAACUUUAAAUGUUUAAGUAAAUCAUUCGCAAUAUAGUACUUCAAAAUACUCAAGGAAUAAGAUAAGAAUUUACGGGUUGUAAAAAUUAACGAAGACUUACAAAUAAAUAGACAUUAUUA